CAACUGGAAAAAUUGCCGUGGCUGGCACGCAAUCCGCAGCUCCAUUCGUGUGAGUUCGUCGCUUUCGUCCGUCAGCACAGGGACUUUGUGCGACGUAAACGGGUGUGUGCGAAAGUAUGAAGUGAAAUCGUACAUAAAAGUGUGUGAGAUGUUAAGUGUUAGUUUUUAUUGUGCGUAAAAAACAAAAAUGAGUGCGAACGGAUAAGCCUGUUUACUUUUCUGGCCCCUAAAACAUUGUACGCAUCGGUACACGUAACAUUUCGUAUGAACGGUUUCAAAAUGGCUGUGUUUUGAAGGACCCUUUGUCCGCUUUCGUGUGCUUCUUUCAGCAUGAUAGUGGGAUCGUACUGUCAGAAAAUUAUCUUAGAGAGGUGAGGAAGGCUCUUGCUUCGUUAUAGUGGUUCUUGUGUAGAAACGCGGAGUGGAAAAUUACUGGUUCCCGCCGAUGAGCGGUGUCGGUUGAUUGCUUUCUAUACGAGCGAUAUCCACGAAACGAUCGCUAGCAACGUGGAAUGCAUGUCAUGUUCCCGGAGCCGGCGUCGCAAUACCACAGCAGUCAGCCCUCGUGCCCGCAGCCAGAGUACCGCCCGGCAGCAUCGCCGGCCUUUCAGCAACCAGCUAAGAAGCGCCGCCUACUGAGCCCCACACAAACGCAACAACAUAACGGAAUACCACACGCACACAUUGACAACAGCGGCUACAAGAACAAGUGGUGGACAGGCGUCGGGCCGGGCUGCUGCACCGCGCCCGCCGUGCCGAGUCGCGCGUGCGAUGCGGAGCGGUCCCCGCCGCCCGCGCCGCCACCCGCUCCGCCUGUGCUUUGCGCCAGACCUUGCUGUCGCGACGCUACUGUCGGAGAUAGCAUCGAACAACGUCGCGUCGUUGAGCCUGUCAGCAGCGGCGGCGGCGCGAGCGGCGCGCGACACAAGACGGCACCGCAGGCCGCAACGACGACGGCACACAGCAAGCAGAUCGCGGCGGGCGGGGCUAACCACCCGCCCCAGCCGCAAGGUAACCACAAACAUCAACAUGGAAACAAAAAAUAUGAUAAUUCUAGAAGACCUACAGCUCGAACAAAACGCUCCGGCUGCGGUGGCGAUGGCGACUACCAGCUGGUGCAGCACGAGGUGCUCUACUCCUCGUCCAAUAGGUACGAGGUGUUGGAGUUCCUCGGGCGAGGUACGUUCGGGCAGGUGGUGAAGUGCUGGAAGAAGGGCACCAACGAGAUAGUCGCCAUCAAGAUUCUCAAGAACCAUCCCAGCUAUGCUCGUCAAGGACAGAUUGAGGUUUCAAUCCUCUCCCGCCUCUCGCAAGAGUCGGCGGACGAGUUCAACUUCGUGCGAGCGUACGAGUGCUUCCAGCAUCGCUCGCACACGUGCCUCGUGUUCGAGAUGCUGGAGCAGAACCUGUACGACUUCCUCAAGCAGAACAAGUUCUCGCCGCUGCCUCUCAAGUACAUCAGGCCGAUACUGCAGCAAGUUCUCACUGCGCUGCUCAAGCUCAAACAACUAGGUCUGAUCCACGCGGACUUGAAGCCCGAGAACAUAAUGCUGGUUGAGCCAGCCCGGCAGCCCUACCGCGUGAAGGUGAUCGACUUCGGCAGCGCGUCGCAUGUCAGCAAGGCCGUUUGCAACACUUACUUGCAGAGCAGAUACUAUAGGGCACCAGAAAUAAUCCUGGGCCUAGCAUUCUGCGAGGCUAUCGACAUGUGGUCUCUAGGCUGCGUGGUUGCCGAGCUGUUCCUGGGCUGGCCGCUGUACCCUGGCUCCUCGGAGUACGAUCAGAUCCGGUACAUCUCGCAGACCCAGGGUCUGCCUACCGAACAUAUGCUCAACAGCGCAAGUAAAACAGCGAAGUUCUUCUACCGCGACGUGGACAGCACGUACCCGUUCUGGCGGCUGAAGACUCCCGAGGAGCACGAGCUGGAGACCGGCAUCAAGAGCAAGGAGGCCAGGAAGUACAUCUUCAACUGCCUUGAUGAUAUCGGACAGGUUAAUGUACCAACGGAUCUUGAAGGCGGCCAACUGUUGGCCGAGAAAGCGGAUCGAAGGGAAUUCAUCGAUCUACUCAAGAGAAUGCUCACUAUGGACCAGGAAAGACGAAUAACUCCUGGCGAGGCACUGAACCACGCGUUCGUAACGUUAGCUCACCUCGUUGACUACGCCCAUUGUAACAACGUCAAAGCCUCCGUUCAAAUGAUGGAGGUGUGCCGCCGCUCGGGCGCGGUGGUGGGCGGCGGCGGCGGCGAGUACGUGUCGGGCGUGGUGGCGGGCGCCGCGCCGCCGCACCACCUCGCGCUCACCAUCAACCAGCAGCGACUGCGGGCCGCGCCUUAUGACAACCUGUACCAGCUAUACCAAGGCGGUCGCGUGGCAGUGGGCGGUGCUCGACAAUACGCGACGCGAGCCGCCGAGCCUUUCCCGCAUCAGUUCGUGUCGUCUAUACUGUGCCAGCCGGCUUAUCAGUACAACUUCAUACAGGUACAACAGCUAGCUGCCGCCGCAGCCGCCGCCGCCGCCGCUCACCACCAGCACGGCGUAGCCGGCGUAGCGGGCGUAGCAAGCGUAGCCGGCGUGGGGGGCGUGGCCGGCGUCGGUGACGUCAGCGGCGUAGCCGGCGUAGGCGAGUGGAGGGCCCCGUUGAUUGUGGAGCCAGCGCCCAUGCCUGAACCUGAUGUGUGGGAUGCCUUCCAUCCGCAUCAUCCACAGCAUCUUCAUCCGCAUAAGAGAUCCACAAAGCAGCAGACGUCGGUGCCGCACUACCAACCGCACCACCAAACGCAUCAAUACAGUAUGGCAAGCAGCGGCGGUAAGAAGGAGCCGACUCAGCUGUCCCCGGUCAAGAAGCGGGUGAAGGAAGGCACGCCGCCUUCCCGGCACAGGCAUCAUCAUCAUGAUCACAACGCGGGUCGAGCGGGCGGCGCGUGGGAGGGCGGCGCGGCGCACACCAUCACCAUCCGCGACACGCCGUCCCCCGCCGUGUCCGUCAUCACCAUCUCCGACAGCGACGACGACGCCGACGCGCCGCGCCGCGCCCGCCACGCCGCACAGCCACACAACAAUACCGGCGGCAGUGCAGAGUGCGCGGGCGCGGGUGCGGGCGGCGGCGGCGUCAUCUGCAGCGCGAGAGAGGCAAGGGACGACAAGCACGUCAAGCACGAGCCGCACCAGGCCUGCCAUCAUCACCAUCAGCAGCAGCAACAACAACAACAACAGCAACAAGCGGCUCCCCAACAGCAACAACAGCAACAGCCAACACAAACGACACAACAGUCCAACACGACGCGAACUAACGCCGCCGUGGCCACGCCGCAGAGUCAGAAGAAACGGCUACUGGCGCUGGCGCAGCAAGAGGCGCAGGCUAAAAGAGAUCAUGAUCAUGCGCUCGCGCAUUUGCCGCCUAGCGGGUCAACAGUACGUCAGACAAAUGACUAUCAAUGCAAUCAGUAUGUUCCUGCGCAACAUAAUAAGAGAGAUAGCAGCGGCGGUUGUCGCGAGUACCUGACGAACGCUGGCGGCGUGAGCGGAGUGAGCGGAGUGAGCGGUGUGAGCGGAGUGAGCGGAGUGAGCGUGAGCGUGAGCGGGCCGCCCGCCGCGCACAAACACGCUGCCCCACACGCGUGGCAUCACCACCCGCAUCCGCACUACAAAGCGGGUAGCGGCGGUGUGCUGUCCCCGGGCGGCGGCGUGUCGCCGGGCUACCUGCCGCCCCCGCUAUACGUGCCCACCUACCAUUAUCAUACUGGCGGCGUGAGCGGCGUGACAGGCGUGGGUGGUCCGCCCCCCGCACACCACGCCAGCGGAGCCCGGCUGCCGGGCUACCUGCAGCCCUACUCGCCCACCUACCUCGUGCCGCAGCACCACCAGCAGCACCUCUGGUACACCGACUGAGCCGCCCCGCGCCCCGCCGGGGCCGCCAGGGACCCCACGGGGUAGCAGCCCCCGCCCGGGGCUGCAGGCCUGCUGCGAGACACACUCGGGCCCCGGUAAGGCCGCCGGAGCCACAGGAACCCGACUAUCACACUACAAUUUUUAAAUAAAUCCAUGACUAGUGUGCGCCUAAGUUCCUCUACAACUGACCUCUGUACGACGGAUCAAACGAUACUUUCUUGUACAAAUUGUGAUUUUUAUUUCUUAUUACAAAGAUGAGUUUUAUAUUUCCCGGCGACCUACCACCGUAGGCGCCGCUCUUCGAGUUAUACUUAAUCGAGUAUAAAAUGUUUAAUCAUUAUUUGUUUAGAUAUGUGUAAUUUAUUACAUGAUAGCGUUGCGUAAACGCUUAUAAAUGUAUGUAUAAUAGGUUAGUGUUGCAUUAAUUUGUAUCAUUUAAUGUCGCCCGUACGGCUAUGUAUGCGGCACGAUUAUUCACAUGUAUUAUAUGGAUUGUAAAUUUCGCGUUAUAUUUUGCUGAUAAAGCGAGUAGAUUGCAUUUACUAAUAUUUUAUCAUAGUUUAGUGUUUGUACCAAAUCAUUUUUAUGGGGAAUUUAUUGAUAUAGCGAAUAUAUUAUAAUAAUAAUAACCGAAGUGUUUGUUUGGAUCGAUGCGAGCGCCGCAGUGUGGCGCGGAGAUAUUUUACUUUAACGUCACCCUGAUUUUGUCAAUUAUAAUGUUUGAUUUUAUUGUACGUAGCGAGUAAUGCUUUAGGUAUAUGAGAUUUGUUCAUACGUUUGUUACGUUCCACGUCAAGUAGCGCGGGCGCAUGCUGCCCCUCACACAACUACAAACAUUUACUGCUGUGUUUACUAUCGUAUAUUCAAAAUUAAAGGGUUUUAUAUUACGUAGAGAUAAUUAAAUGUGUAGGGCGCGGUGAUGGACUACUUGUAUAGAUGUAGAUUCGAAUGUAUUAAACGAAAUAAAAAAAACUAUCUAAGAUAUUUUAUAAACAUUUAGUACACACUAAUGAUUAACUAAGAUUGUAAUAAUGCAUGUAUAAUCACUUUAGAUAGAACGAAAUUGUUUAAAAAAAUAAUAAUGUCCUUUAUAGAAGAUGAAAAAAAAAUGAUAUAUGUUAUGCAAUUAUUUUUACGACUGCAAUUGAUUUUAGUUAAAUAUUUUGAUAAGGUGUUUAGUGACACUAGAGCUAUUAUUAUUUGCUGACUUGAUACGCGUCGAUACACGACUGGGUGUUUUAGUUUUGAACGUAAUUGUAACACGUUAUCCGAUAUGACAGGCCGGAGUCAUACACAAGUAUUACAUAGCGAGUGAUGUACAAGUGUCGCAGCUCCGGCGCGGGGCAGUCCUGGCGUACGCUACGGAAACAACUCUAUCUCUACAAACGUAUAUUCCAUUAUAUCUUUUGUAUUGUAAGAUGCAACUUUUAAAUAUAUUACAGCGAAUUUCAUUAGAAGUUUAAACUUUUAAUAAUAUAAUGCUUGUUUGGACAAACGACGAACUCUUUAGAAAUGCCUAAUAAUUAUAUUAUAUUCAUGAUAAAUAUAAAUUACGUGUAGCGUGUUUUUCUAGAGCUUUUGAUGUCAUGCGACGGCUAAUAUCGACGGAUAAUGUGCUUUUGUGUCUAUAUCCUAUUAAUUAUUACGAAGUUGUCCCACUCGGGAUUUUAAACCUUUAAUCGAUUCUAGAAAUCAUUAUGAACUAUUAAAUCGCUGUAUUAUGCUUUCCGUAGCGUAUACUAAGGAAGUUUUUUGAAUUAAUAUAUUAUUUGGUUUUAUCAUUUAGUAUUAAGUGUUUAAUUUAUAAAUAUCCACCAUUUAAUCGCAAGAUUAUUAUAAACCACUGCAUUAUUUUAAAUUCAUAUUAAAAAGGUUUUAUAUGACAAGACUACUAUGUAAUAUUAUUAGUUUUUAUCAUAAAGUUAGUACAUUAGUUUUGCUGCCCGACAAUAAUGAUUAUGUUUAGUUUUGUAUUUCUAACGGUUGUAGUUAUAACUAUAUGUAUGUUACUUUAUUUUGUUUUAUUGUCAACUGGCUGGUUGAUAUCGACCAUCGUAACGAAUACGUCAAAAAAAUACGAUUCAUCAUCUUUCUUUCUGAAUUGUUGAAUCUCUUCUUUUCUCUUAUUACGUAAAUAGUUCUAGCACUAUGUAACUUUCUUUAUUACGAAUAUACACAGAAUGUUUUAUUGCUAUAUUUGAAACAUCAAAAUGUUCAUUUUUCAUGUGUUUUGAAGUGAAUAUUUCUUCAGACCUACUCGUUACGAUGUCCGAUGAACGCGGGCUUGUGAUUGGUCGGGCCUUUGUUUAUGCAUACAUAUAUCCACAAUUAAUAUAAUUAUAUUACAUUUGCAUAAAUCAAUUGAAUGGGAUUGCUAUUGAUUUUAUAUAAAUCGAAUUUUAACGUAUAUAAUUCAGUAUUUGUGUUUAAGAACUUGGAAUGAUUAUAAUAAAGGCGAAGGCCCGGCCGGCCACCGGCCCGGUAGUGCGAGAUUGCCCUCAAGCGAGGCUUUAGUCAAUGAUCUCUGUCGAAACGUGCACAUAUUAUAACUAUUACCCCUCGUACCGCUAUGUAGCACGGCGUUAGUUCGUCUCAAUCUUUUGUUUUAGUGAUUUUAUUAUUUCUAAGCUUUUAUUGGAGUUUUGGGGUUUAUUUUUAAGAGUAUUAACAUAUGGAAUGUUAACACAUUUUCUAUAAUAAUUUUGUCCUAGUUCAUAUACGUCUGCUUACGGUAUCGUUUGAAAUUGCCUUAUUAUGUUUUAGUGAUGUGUAUAUGGGGCAUGUUGUCGCGGCGCAUUCGACCCAUUAUAUCGCAUAUAUUUAUCUGUAUCGACUUACGGUUAACCCCACUCUCGCCGGACAAUCGAUACCUAGUCGAGUGGUGGGCUCAAUCGAUUAGUCGAUACAUAUAAUACACAAGAUAACUGACUGUCUGUCGACGUGAUUCUGUGAUUAUUACUCAUUAUAUUUUAGUUGGAAAAACUGUAAAUGUUGGGUUGUUGCAAUAAGUAAAUUCUUUUGUGUGUAUAAAAUUGCAUUUUGCGAAGCAGCUGUAUGAAAUGCCCCGUGUAUAUGUAUAUUUAGUUUAGUUGUGUAUGGUUUCACCAAAACACGAUACCGAUUAUAUUUAUAGAGGAAUUAUACGAAAAAAGUCGCGAUUAGCUAAUUCGAGUGUCGACAAUAAUUUAUUGUUCUAUAUGGUAACAAUUAAAUGUACAAAAUACUCCUUGUAAGAUGGUUUAGACUUGCACCGGCUACCGCCACGCGUUGCGGACAGAUUAUAUUCCACUGUGAUUGUGUUACGUUCAAUGAUUGCCUGUAUCGGUGAAACUGUUAUGGUAGGCUUACGUUUGGUUUAAUUCAUGUAACUUUUAACUAAGUACCAGUCGGUACUAGCUGAGAACUAACUCUACAAUAAUGGGUAUUUUUAUGUUUUAAUUUAGCUUAUAGGGGCUUGUGUAAACAAGUUGAUACUAUUAACAUGUUUUAAAUUCGAUAUGUGGGUGAUCAGGGAUAUAGCACUGAUGUUGCUUAAGUUUCUCUUCAAUAAUAAUCAAAUAGUUUAUUAUUAGAUGAAAAAUUGUAAAUAAACAUCCAAAUAUCCCUUUU